AUGGCAACGUGCCGCUCUUGGCACAGUUCGCUGAAAGCAGCUCUGACAGCGUUGCGGGUGCAGUGCCUCGGGGAGCCUGCGCUGGGCAUUCCGUUUUCGUCGUUACGCUUCUUGGAUGCCUCUUUUUUGAGGCGAACAGCUUUCGGAAUUUCGUACCUGGCCCCGAUAUGGAGACCGGAAAGGCUGGGCAUGGAUUUUCCAAGCCUUACCAGCCUAAACAUAGCAGGCCAGGAUCUCGGGCAUCGAGGACUCCACGUUCUGACAACGCUGGCGUGCCGCUUACAGCACCUAGAUUGCUCGGGUUGCCUGUUGCGGGUUACCGACAUCCAGCCUCUGGUGCAGCUCUCGCGCCUCACGUCCUUGGCGCUCAACGCAGUCAGAACAGGACCCCUGCAGCAGCACACUCCAAGCGCCGCAUACUUGCUCGCGGUCGAGUUUGCAACCACAGCGGUACCGGCCCUUACUCAGCUGCGUCGCCUCGAGCUCUGCCUGGACGAGCAGCUGGGCGCAGAUUCGACAAGCACAUUAGAACGGGGUCCCGGACAGCCCCGCCCACAGACUCCCGGGGGAACUGUGGGACUGCCGAUACUUAAACUGGUCAGCCACUUGUCCGCUCUUCGUGAUCUGAGCUGCCUCCUGCUGACUCGCCAACAGCUACACGCCACCGACAUCGCAGCGCUCGCAGCCAUGACAGCCCUCACCCGCCUCGCCAUAUCCUGGUACGAGCACCUGCCGGCGCUGCACCUAUCAGCAGCCGCCUGGGCCGCACUCGUGGGGGGACCCAUGGGUCGCAGCCUGAGGGCCCUGGAGGUGGACCUGACGGGCUUCGUGGCCCGGGAGCGACUGAGCCUGGCCCCGUUGAGGUGCCUCAGGGCGCUGCGACUCCGCCGCUGCCAAAACAUCGACCUGCUGCUCAGCCUUAUGCGGGGGUUGCAGCAACCGCCUCAGCCGCCGCCUGCGGUGCCGUCGCAGCUGCCACCUACGGCUGCAGCAGCGGCCGCCACGGGCGGUUUCCCGCGAGUCCCUCCUCGUGCCGGUGGUGCUGGUUCCGGAGGGCCAGGAUGGGCGGGGCGGUGGGUUUGCAGCCGGCUGCCCCAGCUGCGCUUCCUGAACCUCAGCCGGUGCUUCAGAUCCCGACCGCGCUUUCAAUUCGGCGGCGACCUGCUCGUCCGGGAUCUUGCCGUACUGUGUCCGCUGCUCGUUGAGCUCGUACUGCAGGAAGUCCCGCUUCACGGCGCGGGUUUUCCGGACGGUCGUGACCUGGCGCUGCUGCCGUUCGUCGGCUCCGAAACCGAACCCACGGCUGCCCCGGGGGUAGGCCCUGCCAGCACUAUGGCCCAGCGUCCCGGUUCCGCCGCCCCCGCCGCCGCCGCCGCGAGCUCCGCCACCUCCUCUGGUUCUAGGGGGGGCCCCUCAACCCCCACCCCUUCAUCCUCCUCUCCGCCGUCUUCAUCAUCGCCAUCAUCGGCAUCAGCAUCGUCAUCGUCAAGCUCGUCGGCAACGAUGGCGCCAUCUUCGGACUUGGUUCAGCUGCCCUUCCCUCGGCUGAGGUCACUCGUGGUUCAGGGGGGCCCUAUGUUUAUGAAGAGCAGGUUUCGGAGCUUUGCCCACUUGACGGCGCUACGGCAGCUACGGAUAGAAGGCAUGACCGAGAAGGACUUCCUAGCCACCUGCAAGAUGGGCUGCUACGAGCCCCUCUCCCGUCUCACCGCCCUAACCGCACUGCACAUCAUGGCGCAACAGCAGCACCAGCAGCAGCAGCAGCACCACCACCAGAACCACCAACACCAGAAUCAACAGCACCAGCAGCCGAUUGUAGGCGCCGGGGGAGCGGCGGCGCACCCAGCAGGGGCUCCGGGCGCCGCCGCUGGCGGUGCCGCCGUUGCCGUUGCGGGCUUCCCGGGCGGCGGCGGGGUUGGGGGUGGCGGAGGGCUGUUGGCGGAGCCGGCAGGAGGAGGAGCGGGUGGGGGUGGGGAUGGCGGUGGCGGUGGCGGUCCGUCUGUGGCGGGUCGGUGCGGUCCCGGGGCGAGCCCUCACCUCCGACCAGAGCCCCACCUCAACUUCAUCACGCAGCUGAGCACCUUGCGGGUCCUGACCCUGGAGGCGGUGGCCACCCGCGGUCUGGUGUUCUCCUACCUGGCCCAGCUGCCCCACCUCAGGGCGCUCUCGCUGGCGGGCUGUGUGGACUUCUCGGAGGGCGGACUGAAUAGCUUCAAGAUGUCGUGUAUGGCCGGUCUUCGGAGCCUCCGACUGCUGGGUUGCGUGUGGGAGGGCGGGGACGCCUGGAGCCUUAUGUCCUGUCUCCCCGGCACAACCCCCUCCCUGGAGCAGCUGGAGCUCGGAGCCUGCCCGGGAAUUACCGUACAGCGCCUGGCAGCACUGUUCUUGCUACAGCCGACAGCACCACAGCAGCUGCAGCUGCAUCAGCAUCGCCCCGCGGGGUCGGGUCCCGUGGGGGGGGUGAUAGCGGCACCAGGUGCAUUGAGCCAGCUGCGUUAUGUACGACUGUACGGCGCGCCCAUCAACAGGCAUGCGGUGCUGCAUGAGCAGGCAGCCCUGGCUCAGUGCGGCGGCAGUCUCCGCUUCCUGGACCUGGUGUCCACCUGUCCCGGCUGCGAGAGCUUCAGCUUCGUACGGCACCUGAACGGAUUCCGGCUUGUGACUCCGGAGCUAGAGGAAGGGGCAGGGGGAGGGCACGUGUGGCGGGUACGGCAUGUGGGCUGCGGCACGUCAAAGGAUAUCGGGAACACGGCACAGGCGCCCGUUUCCGCCGACCCCAAAGCCAAGUCCUCCACGGACGCUGCGGGCGCUGCGGCUCCCACGCAGCCGGCCCCCAAGGAUGGAAAGACGGAGUGGCACCUCCUGCAGUACGUGGAUGACCUCUCAAAGGUCACGCAAGGCGCCUCUGUCCCGGGCUUCUUCCUCACGGUCCAUGACAACAAGGCGAAUGGCCUGCCUCGUCUCGGUGUGGUGAAUGUGUCCAACGGAUCCAUCACCCCCAUCCGCAUCAAGGACAAGAGCCGCGGCCUGGCGGAGGCCAAGGACCUGGAGUGCCUAUUCAUGCUGGACGGUGCGGUGGCGGGCAAGAAGCAGGCGCUCUACGUGGCCAUGACGUCCACCGGCAAGGGCUUUCUGUUCCGGGUGUCCAAGAAGAAGAAGAACUGGGUAGCGCACGGCGUCAAGUCGUUCAAGGUCCGCCCGCCCCCGGGGGAGAGCACCGCGGAUACCAACUGCGAGGGCGCACGAGCCUUCUUGGAGAACGGCAAGCUGUACAUGGAGUACGGCAGCCGCGGCGGCCUCAACCCCGAGGGAAAACCCAUCACGCCGUGGAUUGUGCGCGUCCCGCUGGACAUUGCGGCCAUCCGGAAGGGCAAGUUCACCGUGGACCCUGCGCACAUGGACGUGACGUACUGGCCUGAGAUGAUUGACAAGGACCCGAAAGUACGGCAGUGCGCCGAUAUGGGCCAGGCUGUGGGUAUGGCCCGGUACGGACAGCUGUUUGCGGCGGCGAAGGACGACGAGGCCACGGAGACGCACUUCAAGUCGUACAUUAUGGAACGUCUACCGGGCGCUCAGACGGGCGGUGUGGAGAACUUCAAGCCGCUGUUCUGUGUGCAGGGCGCCAAGAUUGAGGCCAUAUUCGACAUCACCAAGGAUGUGAGUGUGUUCGCAACCGACGAUGAGGGGAAGGGCGCCGUACUGACCAUCCUGCACCGCCACAGCGGGCUGGCCUGGAAGCAGCGAGUGAAGCCGCCGCAGGGACAGGACCCGCGGUUGUACGGCAUCUCGGGCAUCUCCCCAGUCGACCCAGGCAUUCGCAAGAAGCACGACGAGAGCAGCAGCGAGUCGGAGCAGAGCAGCGAGGACGAGGAGGAGGAGGAGGCGAAGGAGGAGUUGGAAGAGGCGAAGGAGGAGUUGGAGGAGGCGAGGGAACAGCUCGAGGAGGCGCAAGAACAGCUCGAAGAGGCGCAGGAGCAGCUGGAGGAGGCGCAAGAGGCCUUGGACGCCGAUUCCAUGGCGGUGCCGCGGCAGCUGCCGUACUGUUGCGUGCGGUGGAAGGUUAUAGCGUUUCGUGCUCGUGUAUCUCUGUAAGUAAGUAUGUUCGGAAUCUCUCUAUAUAUAUACAUAUAUGUAUUCGUCCGGUGGUCCUGUGGGGGCCCUAGCCUUAUGACGGACUGAUGACAACUUCCUGACGACGACGAGGACGACGAUGAUGAAGACGAUGAGUUCCCCUGUUGGUGUCAACACACAUACAUACAUACAUGCAUACAUACAGCAUACAAACUCUCUCUCCCCCCCUCUCUCUCCCUCUCCCCCAUUUUCCCUCCUGCUGAGGGAGAAAAAGAGGGAGAGACCAUGAGGUGGGGGGAUGAAGAAGACUUGCUGGUAGUAGUAGUGGUGGUGGUGGUGCUGGUAAUGGUGGGCAUGACGACAUGUGGGGCUGGUGGCGCGGUUGGGGGUUGCGGCCGGGGUUCCCAGGGAGGCGGGAGAGAGGGGCUUAGGGUUGAGCGAGCGAGGGGAUGUUACCUGGUGGGGUAGGUGGGAUAGAGGCAGGAGGCGAUGUGAGGUGAGGGGAUGUGAUGUGAGGUGGGGUGCUGGUAGCGUUGGAAAAGACCAGGGACCUGGGCCGGUUGCGGGCAGCAGGCACAGCUUAGGCCUCGAAAAGGGACGUUUGGAGCGUUGGGGACGGAUUAGGCCCCAGCUGACACACGGCGCACAAGAGAGCAUACGUACGUCUGUCUGCCUGUCUGACGUGUGUAAGUUGGUCCUGUUGCACAUUUGCAUGCAAUGUGCAUUGGGGUGGCUAUAGCUAUGAUGUGUCUGUCUGCGUGUAUAUAUUCGGUGCGGCGGCGACAUGCGAACACUUGAUCAAGCUCUUGCUGCAAAGCACUUGAAAUGACGAUUAUAAGCACUGGGUGAUCCGGAGACUGUUGUUGGUGAUGGUGGUCGUGGUGGUGUUUACUUGGGAUACACCACAAAUACUACCGCCGCCGCCACCACCAGGUGAAGCUUUCAAUAACACGCACAUCUCGUCGGCUUAUUCGCGGCGAUAACCUCUUAGGGGGAAAAAACCCUUAUCUUAUGCACCGCACGAUUUACAAUAUUGACGCCACCCGGUACCCGGUACGGCCUGCUGCUACCACACACGUGCUUCAUACUGCCGUAUAUCGCUGGGUUAAGCGGGAUUUUCCCCUUUCUUUCCCAGCAGCCACCCCUUGACGCCGUUAGCGAGGGCGGACGGUCGUUUAUGUCCAUGUUGACGUGGUCAUGGUC